UCCACAUUACGAGAUUGAAAAAAAAAAAUUUUCAAUAAAAUUACACUUAUAUUAGUUAAGAAUACAGAAAAUAAAAGUUUUUCUCAAAAGUAAAUUGAUUUAUUAGUACAAUAAUAUUGUUAUAAUAUGCCUUCAUCAUUCGAAAAAUUAAUAAAAAAUAUAAUAAUUCGUAAGAUUGAGAUCGCGGUUCAAGGAUCCGUUGAUCCAUUGCCACCGUCAAUUGAAAACGAGAUCAAAAAUCCAGAAUUUGAAAAUAAAAUCGACAAUUGGAGUGACGUUGACAGUAAUGAAAUUAAUAUAAUGUGUGACGAUGCAGUUAAAAUUCUUCAAUACUGCACGCGGCAUAAAAAUGACGAUGCAAGUAAUUACGUUACUUCUUUAAUUAAAAAAUUAAACGAAAAAUUAACAACUUCUUUUGACGUGAACAAUCAACCUGAACGAUUUCAUUGGACCGAAGUGUCCAAAAGUAUAACGCGUUUAUUAGCAAUUUAUAUAUCGCUAUCUAACUACGAAGAUAACGAGAAAGUGAAACGUGACAUUUGUCAUCAUUUGAUUAACAAAAUUAUUCCGCCAUUGAAUCCAUGUCUGCCUUGGUCUUACAAAAGUUCUGAUACCAUUAUCAGUCUAACAUUGCCACGUGUCUAUAGUAAUUUUAUGUACGAUGAGAAUAAACUGAAGGAGGAAGUCAAAGAUCGGAUUUUCGUGUUGAUUGCAAAACAGUAUAAAAAUUUGGAUGAUAAUCAGGAAUUGAGAGAUAAUUUUGAGUAUUAUGAUUUUUAUAACAAUUUGCAUAAUUCUUAUAAGAGUGCUAUCAAAGAUGAACGUUUACUGGAAUAUAGAAAAAUUUAUGAAGAUGAAAGUGUAACUAUUACCUAUUAAACCUAAAUGUAAUUUUAUUACUUUACACUGUAAUUUUCUGUUGAUUACUAAGACGAGAGAUUUGGAAAUAAUU